GUUUUCCUGUACAAAAGAGGCAAAGACUAAGAUUUAUUUUCCCAUAAUUCACAGAUUCUUUAAUUGUUUUUCUAAUUGAUCGGAGAAAUUAAAAUUAGGUUAAUUGAUGGCCGGAGAUUAUAGCCGAUGGUCGCCGGAGCCGCGGGAUUUCAAAGCUAUGUUGAAGAAAUUAUCACAUGAACAAAUUCUUCAAGUUUUGUCUGAAGGGCUAUGUUCUUACUGUGAAGAAGUUAUAGAGUCUCGUGUAAACAAUCUCAACCUUAUUCAAAGAAGGGUAGAUGAAAUGGCAUUAUCAAAUGUUAAUGUUGCAGAUAGUUCUGCGGAAUUCUUGCGGGGGAAUUCAUCUGAUGAUGUAAUUUCACCAAAGAGAAAGCUGAAUGCUGAUGCUGAUGCUUAUACACCCUCUCCACGAGUUGGCGACUCAACUAACUCAGGAAGGUCGAAACGAUUUGUUAGUGCCCCGUCUACACCAGCGAUCAACAAACAACCAGUGUCUGACCUUUCAAAUUUUGAGAUUAAACUAAAUGAUGGACCUAGUAGAUCAGUCGUAGGCGAUGAUUUAGUGGAGGAUCAGAAAGAGUUUAUUAGGUAUAGCCAAGUUGGCAGGCGAAAGGAUUUUGUUCAUUAUGAGAACGUUAAUGAAAAGCAAAUAAAUGUGCUUAAAGGGCUUGAGCUUCACACUAACGUUUUCAAUCCCGAUGAGCAAAAGGAGGUAGUCGAACUUGUUUACUCUCUUCAGAGAAUGGGACAAAAGCGACAACUUAGAGCGCGAACAUAUUCUGAACCAAGAAAGUGGAUGCGAGGAAAGGGCCGUGUCACCAUACAAUUUGGUUGUUGUUAUAAUUAUGCUGUGGACAAAAAUGGUAAUCCGCCAGGCAUUGUUAGAGAUGAAGAAGUGGAUCCACUGCCUCCUUUAUUCAAGAAAAUGAUUAAGAGAAUGGUUAGAUGGCAUGUUUUGCCAACGUCGUGUGUGCCUGAUAGUUGCAUCGUAAAUAUUUAUGACGAGGGUGAUUGCAUUCCUCCUCAUAUUGACCAUCACGACUUUGUUCGACCUUUCUGCACAGUAUCUUUGUUGGCAGAAUGUAAGAUACUCUUUGGCACAACCUUAAAGAUUAUUAAUCCUGGAGAGUUCUCUGGUCCUUUCUCCUUACCUCUUCCUCUCGGGUCAGUGCUCAUUUUCAAUGGUAAUGGAGCUGAUGUUGCUAAACAUUGUGUGCCUAGUGUUCCAGCUAAAAGAAUUUCCAUUACUUUCCGUAAGAUGGAUGUCAGCAAAUUACCAUAUCGGUAUACUCCUGAUCCAGAGCUUGUAGGAAUCGAGCGUCUUGUUCCUCCUCCAUCAUCAGACAGCUCAAGAAAUCGUCACCAUGGUAAUAAUGACAAGCUUCCGAAAAGUGAAAAUAAGGUGUUUUCCAAUGAAGAUGAGUUCCCUCCUCUGGGAAAGUCGAUUUCUUCUAGCCGUAGAACUCGCAGAUAAUUUGUGUAACUUAUGGUUAAAUUAUGUUGUGCG